GCCGGGGAUUGACGCUGUGCUGUCAGUCAGUCAGUCCCUCUCUGUCUCUCUCCCUCCACACUGAUCGAAAGGAAGGGAAGGGGAAGCCUCUUGCCACUCUUUCAAGAAGUCUGCCGUUCUCCUUUAAGGCGGGGGCGGGCUUCCCGUGACCUCUCCCGGAGCCCGCCCCUUCCCUUCCUGGUUGCCAUCGCGACCGCCCGCCGGCGUCCCAAGAUGGCGUCGCUGCUCACCGACACUUUGUUCGAGGCGCGAGGGCAGGCCCCGGCACCCAGCAAGGACUUCUACCAGCUCAUUGUCACCAAGAAGGAAGUAAUUUUCAGGUGGUGGAAAAUAUCUCUUCGUAGUGAGUAUCGUGAAGCAAGACCUGGAGAACUUAGAGAAAGUCAUGAAGAUUUCCUUGAUGACCCAUCCCUCCAAAUUCAAAUAGCCAUCAUAUUUGGAGCAGAUACUCUGGAUCAUACUUUCAAUAUGUGCCGUGGUAAAUUUGAUUACCUGGUGCGACUUCCUGACCAAUUGCUUCUGCGUAUCAUUUCUUAUUUGGAGCUUGAAGAUAUUGCCAGUCUUUCUCAAGUGUCUCACAGAUUCGCAACGAUAUGCAACUCUGACAAACUAUGGGAGAUGAUUGUGCAAAAUGUAUCAGGCAAAAUUACCCGAGAAAUGAGAUCAUUGGCACAAGAAGUGGGCUGGAAGCAAUUCUUCUUCACCAAUAAGAUUCAGCUCCAGCUCCAGCUCCGAAGACGGAGAGAGAGGGGCUCUGAUUCAUCAGAAAGCCUGUCAGAUUAAUGGAGUGCCAACUGUUACAAGGAUGGCCUGGAUGGUGUAUUGUCCUGGGACAUUGAUGAGUGUGGGAUAGUAUUAGUGGUUACUAAAAAAAUAAAAUGUGUCUCUGCUAGUUACUGUCACUUUCUCUCAAAAUGACAUAAAUUUAAGGAUCCUAAUAAAAAUUAAAUAGCAGCUUCCAUGAGGUGGCUGCUGAAAGCUGUUGUCACAAAAAAUAUCAUACCCCAAAUGAAAGUGAGCAAAGUGAGAGAAACCACCUUCAUUUGUUGUAAAACAGUUAUACACUUACCCUCUCUUUACAAAAUAUUAAUAGAAUUCAUAUUGUCACAAUACCUGUAGUUUUCUACUUUAUUUCUACAUCACCUUAACAUCUGCUGACAAGAAGUGUAUCAUGUGAGACCUGUUUAAAAUGCAUUCUUGUCUUAGGAACACUUUGCAUAACUACAGUGCCUUUGAAUUUACCAAUAAAUGUACCGUACUUGCUAACCAAGAUAAUUGGUUCCAUGAUGGCAAUGUUAAGUACCACAAGUUCUCAGCAUCCUACAUAUCCUUUUGUUCACUACAUUCAAAAAAGUGAAAAACCAAAAUGAGUGAGGAAUGCAUGAGUGUUUGUUCAGAAUCAAAAUGUAUUAUAGACAAGAAAAUCCAGCAACUGGUUGUAAAUGAGAAAUGUAAUUAUCAGAAGGGAACCUACCAAUACAUUAACUUCAUACACUGAUAUUGUAUAGUAUAUGGCAAGUUUGAUUUGAGGCACUAUAAUGUAACUUUCAAUUGCUCAAAAGAACCUCACUUAUGACAAAAAUCCUCAAACUUUUAAAACAAAUCUGUAAGUACCAUCAGAUGAUGUGGAAUAGUUUCCAUGCAUUCCACGUUUCUUUCCUAACCCAUGACCAUGUAUUAGUACAGAAGACCAGGUUAGGAAAAUAUCUACUAUUUGCACUAACUAAAGAUAUGCAAGUAAUUUUUCCUACCUUUGUUGUCAUUUCAACCUAAUUUCUUUUCAAAACUGAUGUAUUCUUAAACUAAAUACAAAAGAUUUUUGUUUGUUUCAGUGCCUUACUUCAUCUUUUAUCCCAACUCCUAUGGGCUUGAUCCAGGUUGGCGUUAUACUUAGUAGGUUUGCUGUUGAUGUUUGGCUUACUAUAAAAUAUGAUAUAUGGGAUUUAGACCAUUCCAACUACAUUUCACUUUACAUGUACAAAAAGCUGGUUACUUUUUUUUUUUUAAAGCAUGUUUUCUUAUGUAUGGUUUGUAUUUGGAUUAAACCAUAUCAUACCAUUUGGUUUCUUACUUACAAAAGCCAUAGGAUAGACAGUAUUACUUCUUUUUUAGAAUCCCUGUUGUCUGUAAUAUUUUUUCUUAAAUAAAAAAAAUUAAAAUUCCUAA